CGUGGGUGGGGUUUGCAGACUGCCACAGUAGCUCUCGCGGGAGGGUGGUUUGACAAGGCUGGCGGCGCCACAGCAGCGACCAGGCCUGGAGCUCACACUGCUGAGAGGCAUCACAAGCAAGGGCCUUCACGUUACUGAGACCCCAUCCCCGCAGAGAGGCUCAUGGAGCUCGAAGCACGCGGGGCUGGCCUCUCCAGAGCUAGCAGAUUCCUUCUGGACCUGUAGGGUGCUGCCCUAGCCCAGCCGCCAUGGCACAGGGUUUCGCAGUGGGCUUCGACCCACUGGGCCUAGGAGACCUAAGCUCCGGCUCUCUGAGCUCCCUCUCCUCCCGAGGCCACCUAGGCAGCGACUCAGGCUCCACCGCAACGCGAUACCUGCUAAGGAAGCAGCAACGGCUGCUGAACGGGCCCCCCCGCGGAAUCCGAGCCUCAUCGCCCAUGGGACGCGUCAUCCUCAUCAACUCACCCAUCGAAGCCAACAGUGAUGAAAGUGACAUCAUCCAUUCAGUCCGGGUGGAGAAGAGUCCAGCAGGGAGGCUGGGCUUCAGCGUGCGUGGGGGCUCAGAGCAUGGCCUGGGCAUCUUCGUCAGCAAAGUGGAGGAAGGCAGCAGUGCAGAGCGGGCUGGCCUGUGCGUUGGGGACAAGAUCACGGAAGUGAACGGGCUAAGCCUGGAAAGCAUCACCAUGGGUAGCGCUGUGAAGGUGCUGACGGGCAGCAGCCACCUGCACAUGAUGGUGCGGCGCAUGGGCCGCGUGCCAGGCAUCAAGUUCUCCAAGGAGAAGACCACGUGGGUGGAUGUGGUGAAUCGGCGCCUGGUAGUGGAGAAGUGCGGUUCGACACCGUCUGACACCAGCUCAGAAGAUGGUGUCCGGCGCAUCGUCCACCUAUACACAACCUCUGACGACUUCUGCCUGGGCUUCAACAUCCGUGGGGGCAAGGAGUUUGGCUUGGGCAUCUACGUGUCCAAAGUGGACCAUGGUGGGCUGGCCGAGGAGAACGGCAUCAAGGUGGGGGACAAGGUCCUGGCGGCCAACGGUGUCAGGUUUGACGACAUCAGCCACAGCCAGGCCGUGGAGGUGCUGAAGGGCCAAACGCACAUCAUGCUGACCAUCAAGGAGACCGGCCGGUACCCUGCCUACAAAGAGAUGGUUUCUGAGUACUGCUGGCUGGACCGACGUAAGUGGCUCAGAUCUCCAAGGUUGGAGGGAAAGGGUGGAGGCCUGAGGAUGCAGACGGAGCCUGAUGCCGGGGGCCAGGUGGAGACCUGGUGCAGCGUGCGGCCCACAGUCAUCCUCAGGGACACCGCCAUCCGCUCGGACGGCCCCCACCACGGCCGCCGCCUUGACUCUGCCCUCUCUGAGUCCCCCAAGACGGCCUUGCUACUGGCCCUCAGCCGACCCCGGCCCCCUAUUACGCGCUCCCAGAGCCACCUGACCUUGUGGGAGGAGAAGAAGCAGCGGAAGAAGGAGAAGUCGGGGUCCCCUGGGGAGAAGGGUGCCCUGCAGCGCUCCAAGACGCUGAUGAACCUCUUCUUCAAGGGAGGGCGUCAGGGGAGGCUAGCAGGGGACGGGUGCAGAGAGGCCUGGACACUGGACAGCGGGAUCCCGGCCAAAGCUUGCCCUCACCUGGACAUAGAGAAAGCAGGGGGCGUGGGCCCGGUGCAGAAGUUUGUCACCUGGAGACUGAGACGCGACCGGGAGAGGGGCCGGGCCCUGCUGUCUGCCAGGUCCAGGAGUCCCUGCAGCCAGCUGCCCAAUGUGGAUGAGCAGGUUCAGGCCUGGGAGAGCCGGCGGCCCCUCAUUCAGGACCUGGCCCAAAGGCUGCUGACUGAUGAUGAGGUGCUGGCUGUCACCCGCCACUGCUCCCGGUAUGUGCAUGAGGGAGGUGUGGAGGACCUGGUGAGGCCCCUGCUGGCCAUCCUGGACAGGCCUGAGAAGCUGCUGCUGCUGCGGGACAUCAGGAGUGUGGUGGCCCCCACAGACCUGGGCCGCUUUGACAGCAUGGUGAUGCCUGUGGAGCUGGAGGCUUUUGAGGCCCUCAAGAGCAGAGCAGUCCGGCCUCCUGCUUUGAGACCAGCCCGGCAGGACACACCGCCCAAGCGUCACCUUAUCACCCCCGUGCCUGACAGCCGCGGAGGCUUCUACCUGCUGCCGGUGAACGGCUUCCCGGAAGAGGAAGAUGAUGGGGAGCUGAGGGAGCGGCUGGGGGGCCUCAAGGUCUCCCCGAGUGCCUCUGCCCCUCGCCACCCUCAUAAAGGGAUCCCCCCUCUCCAAGACGUGCCAGUAGAUGCCUUCACCCCCCGCCGAAGUGCCUGCACACCCCCUCCCCAGCCACCCCCUGUGGCUCCCCGGCCCCUGCGGCCUAACUGGCUGCUGACAGAACCCCUGAGCAGAGAGCACCCUCCACAUGGCCAGGUCCGGGGCCAGGCUCAGAGCCGCAGCCGCAGCCGCAGCCGCAGCCGCAGCCGCAGCAGCAGGGGUCAAGGCAAGUCUCCGGGUAGACGCUCCCCGUCCCCUGCGCCUACCCCUGCCUCCAGCAUGGCCAAUGGGCGCUACCACAAGCCUCGGAAGGCCAGGCCCCCUCUACCACGAUCUCUGGAUGGGGAGGCAGCCAAGGUGGGGGCCAAGCAAGGGCCCUCGGAGAAUGGAACUGAGGGGACGGCGGAGGAGGCAGCCACGAAGACCCCCAGUGGCGAGCUGAAGACAGUGACGCUGUCCAAGAUGAAGCAGUCCUUAGGCAUCAGCAUUUCUGGGGGCAUUGAGUCCAAGGUGCAGCCCAUGGUGAAGAUAGAGAAGAUCUUCCCUGGGGGGGCCGCCUUCCUCAGUGGGGCCCUGCAGGCUGGUUUCGAGCUUGUGGCAGUGGAUGGAGAGAGUCUGGAGCAGGUGACCCACCAGCGUGCAGUAGACACUAUCCGUCGGGCUUAUCGAAACAAGGCCCGGGAGCCCAUGGAGCUUGUGGUCAGGGUCCCCAGGCCCAGCCCACGGCCCUCACUCUCUGACUCAUCAGCCCUUACUGAUGAGGGCCUUCCUGCUGACCACUCGCCUGCCCACCAACCCCUUGAUGCUGCUCCAGUUCCUGCCCACUAGCUCCUAGAACCUCCCACCAAUCCCCAGACUCCUCCCACCGAUGCCAGGCUCCUCCAGCCAACUCCCAGCCCAGCCCCCUCCCCAGCCCUCCAGACUCCUGAUUCUAAGCCUACACCCUCCCCACACAUCCCAUGA